CGGCCCCCCACCACCCGGCGUGGGAACGUAGGGUGCUUGAGCCUCUGGAGCCCUCUGAGCCGGGGCAGAGCGAAACCCCGGGGCCACGGAUCGUGCCGUGGGCGAUCGGGCUUGGCGAGGUGAAACGUGGCGAGCCUCGGGCUCACCCGUUGCUGAGGUCCUAGCUCCUCGGGAGAAAGCUGCUGCCGCUCUCCCCGUGUCUCCUGACUGCUUCCCUCUUUGCUGCCCCUCCCCACAGGCUCCCCUGCUCCUCCCCCUGGGGACCACCAUGAAUGGUGCCCCUUCCCCAGAGGACGGGGCCUCCCCCUCCCCUCCCCCGCUGCCACCUCCGCCUCCCCCGAGUUGGCGGGAAUUCUGCGAGUCUCAUGCCCGGGCCGCAGCCCUGGACUUUGCCCGCCGUUUUCGCCUCUACCUGGCCUCGCACCCCCAGUAUGCAGGGCCGGGGGCCGAGGCCGCCUUCUCCCGCCGUUUCGCUGAGCUCUUCCUGCAGCACUUUGAGGCCGAGGUGGCCCGGGCCUCCGGCUCACUCUCGCCUCUCGCCCUGAGCCCCGGGGCUGAGAGCCCACCGCCCGAGCUCUCCCUGGAGGGCUGCCGGGCGGCCGUGCCCCUGGCUGUGCUGGGCCCUUCUCGAUCCUCCGAGGACCUGGCCGGCCCCCUCCCUUCCCUGGUCUCUUCCUCUUCUGCGACCUCGAAGCCGAAGCUAAAGAAGCGCUUCUCCCUGCGCUCGGUGGGCCGCUCCGUCCGUGGCUCUGUCCGUGGCAUCCUGCAGUGGCGGGGCGCCGGUGACCCCCCCUCCCCAGCUGGGCCCCUGGAGACCUCGUCAGGCCCCCCAGUCUUAGGGGGCAACAGCAACUCCAACUCUUCCGGGGGAACCGGGACCAUUGGCAGGGGACUGGUCAGUGACGGCGUGGCCCCGGGGGACCGAUGGACUCACCGUUUCGAGAGGCUGAGACUGAGUCGGGGCGGGGGGGCCUUGAAGGAUGCCGCGGGGGUGGUGCAGCGGGAAGAGCUGCUGAGUUUCAUGGGGGCUGAAGAGGCAGCCCCCGACCCAGCCGGCGUGGGUCGGGGCGGAGGGGCAGCUGGGCCCACCUCAGGGGGCGGCGGGCAGCCGCAGUGGCAGAAGUGUCGCUUACUGCUCCGGAGCGAAGGAGGCGGCGGAGGAAGUCGGCUGGAGUUCUUUGUUCCACCAAAGGCAUCUCGGCCCCGCCUCAGCAUCCCCUGCUCGGCCAUCACGGAUGUGCGCGCCACCACCGCCCUGGAGAUGCCCGACCACGAGAACACCUUCGUGGUGAAGGUGGAAGGCCCCUCGGAGUACAUCCUGGAGACGGCGGGCGCGCUGCACGCGAAGGCCUGGGUGGCCGACAUCCAGGAGUGCCUGAGCCCGGGACCCUGUCCUGCUCCCAGUCCCCGCCCUAUGACGCUCCCGCUGGCCCCAGGGCCCUCGUUCCUGCCGAGGGACAAUCCGGACAGCCUGGAGCUGCCGUGCAUGAACCACUCCGAGAGUCUGCCCAGUCAGGACCUGCUGCUGGGCCCCAGCGAGAGCAGUGACCGCCUGUCUCAGGGGGCAUACGGGGGCCUCUCCGACCGGCCCUCCACGUCCAUCUCCCCCAGUUCUGCCUCCAUUGCUGCCUCCCAUUUUGACUCAAUGGAAAUGCUGCCCCCGGAACUGCCCCCCCGCAUCCCUAUUGAGGAGGGACCCCCCGCUGGCACAGUGCAUCCCCUCUCAGCCCCCUACCCGCCCCUGGACACCCCAGAGACAGCCACAGGGUCAUUCCCGUUCCAGGGGGAGUCAGAGGGAGGUGAGGGGGACCAGCCCCUCUCAGGGUAUCCGUGGUUCCACGGGAUGCUCUCUCGACUCAAGGCGGCCCAGCUGGUGCUGGCCGGAGGCACGGGCUCCCAUGGGGUCUUCCUGGUUCGGCAGAGUGAGACGAGGCGGGGCGAGUACGUCCUCACCUUCAACUUCCAGGGCAAGGCCAAGCACCUACGCUUGUCGCUGAACGAGGAGGGCCAGUGCCGGGUGCAGCACCUGUGGUUCCAGUCCAUUUUUGACAUGCUUGAGCACUUCCGGGUGCACCCCAUCCCCCUGGAGUCCGGCGGCCCCAGCGACGUGGUCCUGGUCAGCUAUGUUGUGUCCUGCCAGCGGCAGCAGGAAUCGAGCACCUCCCAUGACCCACCCCAGCCCCCAAGACCCCCUUCAUGGACAGAUCCCCCACAACCUGGGGCAGAAGAGGCGUCGCGGGCGCCAGAAGUGGCGGCAGCCGCCUCCGCCGCAACCAAAGAGAGGCAAGAGAAAGAGAAAGCGGGCAGUGGAGGGGUCCAGGAAGAGCUGGUCCCCGUGGUUGAGCUGGUCCCCGUGGUUGAAUUGGAAGAGGCCAUAGCACCGAGCCUGGAGGCCCAGGGAGGUGCCGGACCUGGCGGGGACCCCGGCGGGCCCCUGACGGUACAGCUCCAGCAGCUACCACUAGGGGGUGACGGAGAAGAAGGGGGCCAUCCCAGGGCCGUGAAUAACCAGUACUCCUUUGUGUGAGUCUCCCUGCCCCACCCUUUCUCCACUCGGCUUGCCCCCCCAGCCCUCCGUGUGUGAGGCUGGACACAGAGGAACAGCAGGCGUGCCCCCCCCAGCCCCUGCUUCCUGAUCCUUGAAGGCCGUGGGCCUGUCUAUUGGUACAAGAAAAGGUUCGAAAACCGCCAACUCCCCAGUGCGUACACUACAGGAGCCCCCUCCCCUGGGCAGGGACCGGGCCCAUUUACCUCCGAGGCUGUCUGGUCGGCCCCGGGGGGCCUUUCCUUAUUAACCACCCCGGCCCUGCAAGGGGGCGGGGUGGGGGGGCUGCCAGGCCUAUCAAGGUGGUUGUUGUUGUUGUUUUAAACAAAAUGGAGAAGCAUAAAUA